GGACGCGGGGGAAGGAGCAUGCAUUCCGCCUGGGUCGGCGCGGGGAGAGCCGGCCGCCGCACGCCCCAAGCGCCCCCCGAAACACCCCCCACCGACGGCUCCCCGCAGGCUACCGGGGCACCCCCCUCCCGCGCAGCCCGAGCCCCUCUAAAGCGACAGCUUCCCUCUUCUGCUUUCUUAUGAACCCAGGAUGAGCAGCAAAGAAGAGCCGAGCAAGUGCUGUCCGGCGGCUGCUCCCAUCUCCAGUUUCACCAUCCAGUCCAUCCUGGGCAGCGGCAGCACCGACCCCCCCCGGGAAGCCGGAGACAGAGCGCCCGCCUGGCCCGCCCGCGCCCGGACCCUCUCGCUGUCCUCGGAGGACGAGGAGCCGGAGGAGAGCUGGAAGCACCGCGGCUGCUUCUGCCCCGAGGCUCAGGGCCCCGCCGAGGCGUGCCACAAGCACCAACCCCUCAGCUUCACCUGUCUCGGCAGCGCCAAGGGGAGCGGAGCGGCGGCGGCGGGCAGCGGGGAGCGGGGGCCCUUCCUCUCGCCCCCCCAGCAGGACUGUAAGGACGAGAAGGAGAAGCCGCUAGGACCCCCCUCGCCUUCCUGCGGGGAACGGCAGCGCGACGGCGGGGACCGGCAGGCCGGCGCCGCCAAGAAGAAGACGCGCACGGUGUUCAGCCGCAGCCAGGUGUACCAGCUGGAGUCCACCUUCGACAUGAAGCGCUACCUGAGCAGCUCGGAGCGGGCCUGCCUGGCCUCCAGCCUGCAGCUCACCGAGACCCAGGUGAAGACCUGGUUCCAGAACCGCAGGAACAAGUGGAAACGGCAGCUCUCGGCCGAGCUGGAGGCGGCCAACAUGGCCCACGCCUCGGCGCAGACUCUGGUGGGGAUGCCGCUGGUGUUCAGAGACAAUUCCCUCCUCCGAGUGCCAGUGCCCCGGUCCAUCGCCUUCCCCGCCCCUCUCUACUACCCUGGCAGCAACCUCUCGGCCUUACCGCUCUACAACCUCUACAACAAGAUCGACUACUGAGCCCCGCGUCCUCCGCCCCGUCGGGACCGCACCGGGAGCGGGGCCGGGGCAGCCGCGGGGGCUCCGUGAGGGCUCUCGGGCCGCCUCCAUGGAGGGGACACAGCAUCGAAACUGAUGGGAGGGACGGGCAAACGGAGAGCCCGGGGCGCCGGGGGCACCCCCGCUCUCCCCUCCUGCCAUCCUGUCGCUUGAAAAGAAAAAAAAAAUUAAAAAAGCGUUAUUUCAGAUCUGUAAAUAUUUUUAAAGAAAGUAAG